AUGGAACGCGAAUAUGAAAUUGAUGAGGUUGUCAAGUGCCGAUCGCAAGGUCAAUUCUAUGAUGCCAAGAUCAUAUCCAUAGACCCGAGACUGGGACUCCAGAAGUACAAGGUGCACUUUGUCGGAUGGAAUAGUCGACACGAUAAAUGGGUGGAAGCAAACGAGAUGAGACCAAAAGUGGCAUUGCCUCGACCGUUUACAAAGAUUUGCCCACGAAGAGACGAAGAAAAAAAUGGGGAAAAGCUAAUAACAGAAAAAAGCGUCCUUUCACCAUCACUUUUCCCAUCGCAUGCCUAUCCGUCACCUACAUCAUCUCUUGGUGAUAGUCCGUCCUCGUCACGGAGUCCUCAACACCGGGGUGCGCGAAUCGAAUGGACAAUGAGACCGGGAGAACUCUUUCACUCACCUGUUUCAAUGGAUGCCGGCCCUUCAAGCGUCUCCUCCAUCAAGAAAGGGAUCAGCUCUUCGAUGUCACAAGAGCUUAUUAGUCAAAUGGCAUCCUCGCGAAUCGACACAACGAUGACAAAAGAAGAUAGUGACAAACAAUUCAACGGACAACACUUUCUAAGUGAUUAUGAUCGGGAAAAGGACCAUGAAGCAAUACAGAAUUCGUUGAUGAAAAGGAAACAUAAUGGAAAUAAUGAGGCAAACAAUAAGAGAAAAGUUGUUGAGUUGGUUGUCGGGAAGAACUGCGAUACGCAGAAACAACCGUUGAAUGAUGAACAAACUCAAGAAAGUUUGGGAGAAGAAAUUAAUAGAGGCCCACAAUCAUCACAAUCGGGUACCGAUGAAUCGUCUCCUGCUCAGAUAAAUUUUCAAGUGAGCAAAUCGCCGGAGACAAGGGAACAAAUCAAUGAAAAGAGAAUGGACAAAUCGUCACCAAAAAUAUCGGAACUUGAAUCUUCGUCUCCACGAGCUUCUUCAUCUGCCUUGAAAUCUUCAGAGAAGAAUGCAACGAGAGAAGAAUACAGAAAGAAAGCUACAAGCAUAUCGAGUUUGGAGGAUUUGAACACGGACGUAGAGGAGAAAUCAAGAUCGGCUAAUAAUGAGGAGAGAAGGGGGAGCGAAGAAGUUGUAUCACCGAUAAAUAUCAUGUUAUCAUUCGUCAAUGAUUUUAAUCCACCAUCAAUGGACCCAAUCAACGAAAACCAUUUGGAGUCGCUUUUCCAUGAUUUGAGAGACGCUGGGAACCUAUAUGACAGGCAAAAUAAUGUGAUGUCUCAGAUGUCACAAGAUAGUCAAAGGGGAAUCAGCAAUGAGACAUUUAAUGCCCAAGCCGCUGCAGGCUCACAACCACAAGAGAGACAUCACUUACCUGAUUUUUGCCCUGUUGGGGUUCGUAAUUUGGAAACAGGAACACCUCAGUCAUCAACGAGUUUUGUUAGUCUACCAGAGCCGACAUUGAUCACAUCUUUCACUCCAGAGACGGCUCGCAGCCUCAGCAACGCUGUGAUAAUCGAUUAUGGUGGAGAAUUGAGUGCAAUGCCGGAGAUGAUGACAUCAUAUGAAACUGCUUGUUCGAGUAUGGGACCAGCCGGACAAGAAUAUGGAUAUCUACCAAUCGGACUCAACCAGGUACCAGCAGGGAUGAUCCUCGAGCAAAUGGUGGUGGAUUCGGCGGAUCCGAUGAACUCGCAACAAGCGAUGAUCAUGAGUGAACCAGCAAUCGAUUUCAGUCAACCGCAAGCACAAAACAUUCAAUUGACAUUACCGCCCGGGGUUCAUCCAAGCCAAGUGAGCCUCGGUCCGGGAAUGAGCCUUGCGCCCGGCCCACAGGGGCAACACUACGUCUUAUCAGAUCCAAUUCCAUCAAUGGCUCCACCACCAACACCCGUUCGAAGGGUCAUGCAUCCACCCGUAUCAUCAUCAACGGAUCAUCCGUCCACCCAUCCAUCCGUAUUAUCAUCGCAAAAUCAUCCGUCCUUCCGUCCAUCCGUACCCGUGGCCACUUCAAUGUCAACGAAUCAACAACAAAGAGUCUUGUCUCGAGAAGAUCACAGCUAUGGAUUGAACAUUCCAAAUAACUCCGGGCCUAGCGCUUUCUCAUCGGCAACUCGAAGAGAAGAGCCCUUUCGACCAGUGCCAUUGAGACCAUUGGUUCAACAAGUUCAACCCUCGAACAUUCCAUUCUUUCAAAGGUGCACUCCAGUUAAUCAGGAAAUUAACAUUUGCUAUCAAUCUCAACGCGGACAAAUCAUUCCCAGACGGGCUUAUUUGAUUGCUCCCCAACAGCCUCAUCUUCAAUACCCUUACGAACAAGUGAAUUUAGCUUACCCAGUUCAAAGGGUUAAACCUGUUACAUACUACCAAAUGGCUCGACCAAUCAAUCGUCAAGUACAACCUGUGAAUGAAAAUAGAUCGAUGAUGGGACUGUCUUCUUUAGUUUCUCAAGCUCCUCGUAUGACCACUCAAGUGCAGCCCUCAUUUGGUAACGAUCUUGUUCUUGUUGUCGACUACCAUACACCGGUCUUUGAAAGAACUCUCGUGCCGGUUACCCCUCAACGUCAACAAGGAGUCUUCAAUCAACAAAUGAUGCCCGGUCCAUCAAAUGGAAUGCCAACUGAGCCGUCGGACACGUUUAUGGCGCCAAUCAGUCGACCAGCCACUGCUCAAUCCGUUCCAUCCAACAUUCUACCACAACAACCUGAGCCACAACUUGUGAAUAAAAUGAAUCCAUCCAACCGA